GAAAAGUGAAGGGAAAAAAAAAUGAUUUAAAAUUAAAAGCAUCGAAAGUCAUCCCCACUUAUAUCUACAGAAAGGGCUUCCGAUAAAUCUAUCAGAAAAAGAAGAGACCCAAAAGGAAAGAUGGAGCAGAUACAGCAUAAGUAUGUUGAAGUGAGCGGACUGAAGCUUCAUGUGGCUGAGUUGGGCACAGGUCCUAAGGUGGUGCUGUUCCUGCAUGGUUUCCCUGAAAUAUGGUAUUCAUGGAGGCACCAAAUGAUUGCUGCUGCAGCUGCUGGAUACCGAGCCAUUGCCUUUGAUUUCAGGGGCUAUGGGCUCUCCCAGCAGCCUCCUGAGCCUGAGAAGGCGUCUUUUGAUGAUCUUGUGGUUGAUGUCAUUGGAAUUAUGGACAGUUUCGGCAUCAGUAAGGCUUUUCUAGUAGGGAAGGACUCUGGAGCUUUUCCAGCAUUCCAGGUAGCCGUGCUCCACCCUGAAAGGGUGUCUGGAGUCGUAACAUUAGGUAUCCCUUUCAUGCUACCGGGUGUUUCUGUUAUCCCAAUGCAUCUCCUUCCCAAAGGCUUCUACGUAUUGAGGUGGCAGGAGCCAGGGCGAGCUGAAGCAGAUUUUGGCCGCUUUGAUGUUAAGACUGUGAUAAGAAACAUCUAUAUGCUCUUCUGCAGAAGUGAGCUCCAAGUAGCCAGUGACGACCAGGAGAUCAUGGACUUGGCUGAUCCAUCUGCCCCUCUACCACCAUGGUUCACUGAGGAGGAUCUCAAAGUCUACUCAAGUCUAUACGAGAAUUCUGGGUUUCGGACUCCAUUACAGGUUCCAUACAGGACUUUGGGUAUAGAUUGUGGUGUGAAGGACCCAAAAAUUACAGCUCCAGGGAUGCUAAUCAUGGGUGAGAAGGACUAUGUUCUAAAAUUCCCAGGGAUGGAAGAAUACAUUAGGAGCGAGAAAGUGAAGGAGUUUAUGCCCAAUUUGGAGAUCAUUUUCCAUGAAGAAGGAAACCAUUUUGUCCAGGAACAAUUUCCAGAGGAGGUGAAUCAACUACUCAUCACCUUCCUUAACAAACAUAGUACCUGAUGAAGAUGGUGUGUGAGGUCAUGAGUUCAGUCUCCAGAGGCAGAACAAAAAGAUCCGAGUAAGAAGAAUGGAAUGCUCACUGUGGCAGCUUUAAUAAUGUAUUUGGAAAACACCUCUUAUGGAGUUCCUACUAAUGAAGAAAAUUAUGAGAAGAAAUCAUAUAUAUAUAUAUA